AUGGAAAACCACGGAACGUCAUUGGCAAAACUAGGGACAGCCGUGGUCAGUGGCAAAAUCCAGAGGUACUUCAUCUCGGGUGGCGGUUCGGUGCCCUUUGGCUCGCAUCCUUGUCUCGGGACGGGUGGCAAACUUCACGAGAGCGCAGGGUGCCGCCCACACUCUCAGAUUAGCGGCCUUCCAACUGUUGAAAGUCUCGUUGGUAGCUCCCGCCUCAUCGAUCAGGGGUACAGCGCAGCAGACGACAGUUCCCUAACCGAGCGGCGGUUCACCAGGAUUGCUCUUCGUGCCAUGUAUAGCUGCAUGCGCCAGUUGUUGGAUGGAAGUGAUGCAGAGGCCCGCGGAGCCGACAAGAUCGCUCUGGCCAUUGAUCUCAGCUUCCCAGCGGCCACGGUUGGCACUCCCGCCUUUCUUCCAGGGUUUGGAUCCCCAGAACUGAUGGGUGGGCACCAACAGCUGAAGCAGAUGGUGUCGCCGUGGCCCCCAGAAGAUGAACCGUGGACAGAAUGCCUGUCUACCAGCAAGAGAUCGUUCUACUCCUCCGUGCAGGACGUCAGACGGUUGCUGGAGGAGAAAGCCGACCCCAAUUGCCGGCUGAGGUACAAGUUGGGCAGCACAACCUUCGAUGGGACACCCCUGACAUUGGUCGUGAAGUUGAAUCGGCCCAACUGCUUGGAUGUCUUGCAGCUACUGUUGGAGGAACGGGCUGACGUUGGGUCUCAGUAUUACACGAAACUGGGCCUAAGUGAUUCAGACUACCAUGGGGUGGCCGCUUGUGCUGCCUGUGCAUCGGGCAAUGUCUCUGCGCUGAAGUUGCUGGUGCAGUAUGAUGCACCUUUGUCUGGAAGAUUGGGUGUGCUGAACCGUGAGCCCAACAGCACCCUUCUCUACGAGGCCAGUUACUUUGGCCAUGCGGAGGUGGUCCAAUAUCUCCUGCAACAGAACUGUGACCCCGACGUCCAGGUGACGUGUCACGAUGAUCUGAAACAGAAGAAGACAGCCAUCCAAACUGCGACAAUCUUGGGGCACAGUGAAGUAGUAGGAGCACUUCUGUCUGCAAAUGUAGGGAUCACACAGGGUGUGCUUCUAGCAAGCAUUGACGGAGGUCACGAAGAUAUUCUCAGGCAGAUUGUCAGAGAUGGAGCCGAAAUGUUCAAGGCUUCCUUCGUCCUCCACGGUGGAUCAAUGCGGGCCAUCGACUACGUCUUUGAGAAGCGGAAUUCCAUGCUGGUUGCUGCAGUGGCCCAGGGUUUGUGGCUCCGGGUGGCGGCCAGCGAUCCUGUCUGGGGCAUCAAGGAAGAGUUGAAGGAGGAACUGGACCGGAUCAUGUUCUCAGAUUUGUUGAAGUUCCUGGACACACCAGAUGCGCAACAGAUCCUCCGUGUGAUAUUUCGGAGCUAUCAAUGUCAGUAUCGAGAUGGGAGAAGACUGCAUUGGAGGAUUGCAGACAUCCCAGAUGGAGAUCUGAACGUAGCGUUGGGGCCAGCCAAGGAGUAUUUCGAUGAGCGACCGUACACUGAAAACUACCACAAAACUGACGCGGAAACUGCGUUUGAGAAGAGAUUGGGCUUUGACACCACGUAUGGAAAGCAGGUGCCGGCGGAGGUCUUCUACUGCUCCUUUCCCUGGCUGCAUCGACAUCCAGAGGUGCUCCGCAUUCUUGCGUCAGAAAGGAAUCCCUCAAUCUUCGAAGAGAAAGCAGCGCGAGCCAUUGUGAGGAUGGCAUGGUCCGAAGCAAAAAGAAGGCACACCGUGUCAUUUCUCAUGGACUUGCUGGCAGCCGUUUUAUUCUUCUGCCUUGCGCUGGUACUGAGAGGUGAACAUUGGUGGCAGGACUCCAGUUGGCAUCUCCCCACCAUAGUGACUUUGCUGUUCUUGAUCUGGGCAAAGACCUUGAUUUGGGAGCUGCUGCAACUCUGGGGAUUCCAGCUGAACGGAUCGUUGAUGCGGUACAUGAGAUCACUCGAGAAUCUGGCAGAUAUUCUUCGUAUCAUCCUCACAGGUGUCAUUUUGGUGGUGGUCAGCAGCGAUUGGGACAAUUUCAGCAGGGGUAAGAUGUGGCGCCUCAUCUUUGCGGCUACAGGUUUUCUGUGGUGGCUGAGAGUCUUAAAUACCUUGAAAGGCUUCGAAAGUACUGGUGAGUCGAUGUUGCCAAUCCUGAAAGCGACAUUUGCCACUGGGCCCUUCCUCUUCGUCGUCUUCUGUUUUCUUGCCGGCUUCUGGCACGUCUACUACUCCUUUGGUUUCACUGCCUGGUGGACCGCGUGGAUGACCAUGUUCCGCCUGGGCUUUCUGGCGGAUGCCGGGCUCUUGGAUGAUGCCAAUGAGCCAGCCGAUUGGAGCACCUGGAUCGACCUACUGUUGAUGGUGGUCGGUCUCUCUGUGGCGAUUGUGCUUUUGAACAUUCUAGUUGGUGUACUGUCAGAGAGUUACAGCGCUGGAUUUGCGGACCGGACCCGUCUCUUUCUGGCGGAGAGAUGCCGUGUACUGUCGAUACAUUUCGCACUGGAUGCUACAAUCUCUUGGAAAUGUUGCCGGAAUCCGCGCAUCGGCGAGGAGAUCAAGCACUGGGCAGCAGUGGAUGCCUUCGACCGACUCUGGUUUGUCUCACAGAGAGAGAAGUCGGAGAAGGAGAAAUCCGAGAAGUCGAUCAGCCAAUGA